AUGCAAUUCAUCCAUGUCAUCUCAGGCCUCCUCCUGAUCCGCACGUCUCUGUCUUUGAAAGUUGGCAUUCCACGAUCCCACGAAGCUCCCGACACCGAAUCUUCUAAACCCCUCGACAAAAGAUGGGAUUUCUGGUUCAAAGACUUCCCAAUGGCAUCUGAAAGAGCAUCAGGCGUCAUAACAGCAGAAAAUAUAACCGAUGCGGUUGACCUAAUAGUUACCCUGUCUAGAUACAUUGUGGAAAACGUAGAAGAUGAUGAUGUCACAUUCAUUGCAUUUUUCGGGUCUCCAGCAUAUCAUCCACAUGUUAUGGGUUCGUCUCGUUAUCCCGCUUCUUCAUCUUCGUAGAACUAAUAGGCUUGUAGAUGUCUUUUCUCGCAUCGCAGAAAUCAAAACUACAACCGUGGGUGAAAGUGACGAAUUACAUAUUAUCGCAGAUUCGCAGCCACCCGCGACUAGAAAUGAUGUUUAUGCACUAUACCAAGUCAUAGAUGGAGUCCCGAUCAUAAGGUUGUAUCCAAAUUUUGCGAAGUGUGAGGACCUCUACUACUACGGCCCCGGUAGUAGUUCAUGGAUAGGCCAACUAGAUGCUUUGCGCUCCACAAGUCAGAUAAUUCUUCUGCACGAGUUGGCACAUUUUGUUGGGGAUAGAGAGUUGUAUGGGCCAGUAGUACCUGGGACUGAUUAUGAAGGUACGUUUUAACUCUGCUCACUCCUUUGGAAUACGAGAAGUGGAGAUUGACAUUUACGACAGCCGCAUUCAUGGGUGGAAGCAUUCUAGACGUCCCACUCGCAUCGGCAGCCGGUCCGAUGGAAAAGGUAGAUAAAUUCUGCUCGUUCUUGAAAUUAGGGCUAAAUUUUCCCUAGAAAUGGAUGGCUAAGAAAUUAGGUGUCAAAGAUAAAAACAAGGUGGAAGAGAUUUUGGUCUACGGCGAGUCGGAGACUCUUAUUUUACCUCAGUUGAGAUAUGGUCCAUUAUGGGCGGUUCACAAUGCUGAUAGCUAUGCAAUGUUUGCUUUAGGUAAGCUAAACACAAACUCUUUCAUGCACUUCUUGAAGUUUGAAGAUGGCAAUGCUGAUUCAAAUGCACUAAGCAUUAUUGAUUAA